GCCAUGGCCAAGCAUGGAGUUUUGUUUUAUUUGGCAGAAACCCUACGAACUUUGAGAGAAUUAUAACACUAAACAAUUGCAAUGGUGGCCCAUAAAUGGCUGAUAUAUGGAACCCUUCUCAUAUGGAUAUUAGUCACCUUGAUGCCAUCUAAGAUAGAUGCGGGAUGUGUCUGCGCUGAAAAGGGUGUGGACUACUGUGCAACUUGCAAGGAACGAAAGAUUGUAAGACCUAAACACAGAUAUACCGAAGAUAAGCCAGCGCUUGAUGUUGAACCCAUUGGAGAUAAAUGUUAUUGCACCAAGAAAUUGAUUCAACCUGCUGUAUUGCCCAAGGUUUUAAAAAAGAAACCUUGUGGCUGCCAAUCUAGUCCCUCGUAUGAGGCCAUAUUCAGCUCUGGAAGUUCCGGCUCAUAUGUGCCACAAACCAGCUAUGUAGGCACUGCACCCAAAGAUAAUUCCCCUCCCGCUGAUCCCAUAAGUGUCAGCUUGGCCAUACAAGCUGGCAAAGCCAUUGAAGUCCCUGAGGCUAAAUUGGCCUAUGGCUUUAUGCAAAAACCCAUCAAUGGCCUGCCCAAGGUUUUUAUGUCUUCGGUGAAUGAGGAAAAGCUGUAUGCUUUGAAAAGCGAAGUGAUAACACUCAAGAAGAAGGUGCCCCUCACCAAACCAACAGAGGAGGAAUAUCCCGAUGUCGAAGAGGAAGAGGAUCAUGAAAAAGCCGAAGACGAUGAUGAGGAGCCACCACGUUUGACCUACAAACAAUUGGGCUAUGUGGCUGAGCAAUACAAGAAUCCAAUGUUCCAGGAAGUCAGUUCUUCCUACGUCGGUGAUUAUGAGCCCGAACAUCCGGUAAUGCGUGGAAAGGUUACCGUAGAUUGUGGCUAUCGACCAGGACGUAUAGCAACCUGGAAAAAACUGAAACAUGGUACUUAUGGUAGUUGUGACAAACAUAAGUACUAGCG